GUUACUUUCAAUGGCGACAGAGGUGUAUUUUGUUUUUUUUUCUGAGAAUUAGUUAAUAGCAAAGUUCUUCAAAUGGAGUUGAACAGGUUGUGUUUGGCAGUGAUAAUGAUUAUAAAUGUGGUGGUUUUAAUACAAGGGUGGCGGUGCCAUGGUUGUUUGGAAGAAGAAAGAGUUGCUCUCUUGCAAAUCAAAGAUGCCUUUAGUUACCCAAAUGGGAGAUUCCAGCUCUCAUGGGGAAGAGAUGCUAACUGCUGCGAAUGGACACAAGUCCACUGCAACUCCAGCACACUUCGAGUUGUCAAAAUAGACCUUUCUUUCUCAAGGGGUUGGGAGCUGGGAGACUUGCUCCUGAAUGCGUCUUUGUUUCUUCCAUUCCCCGAACUGAACGCUCUUUACUUGUAUGGAAAUCGUAUUGCUGGAUGUCUUGAGAAUGAAGGUUUUGAAAGACUAUCAGUCCUUGGCAAUUUGGAGAUACUCGAGUUAGGCCAAAACAAAUUCAACAGCAACAUCUUUUCAUCCUUAGGUGGUCUUUCAUCUUUGAAAUAUUUAUCUCUACACAAUAAUGAAAUCGAAGGAACAAUAAGCGUGGAAGGAUUGAAUAAUCUGACAAACUUAAGGAAACUGCAUAUUGCGAGCAAUCACAUUGAAGGGUUUAAAUCCCUGCAUGGUGGUGAGGAUGAAGUGCUGAAACUGAGCAAUUUGGAGUAUCUUGAGUUGGGAGGUAAUCGCUUUGAUAACAGUAUCCUAUCAUCCUUCAAGGGUCUUUCAUCUCUCAAGAAUCUCGAUCUGACAAAGAACCAUCUGAAAGGAACAUUCAAUAUGAAAGAACUGGAAGCUUUGAGCAACUUGAGGAAGCUGUAUCUCAGCGGAAAUGAGAUUGACGAGUUUGUGUUCUCAGAAGGUAUUAGAGGUUUCGGAAAUCUAAGCAGAGUUUGUUUAUUUAAUAUCACCGCAAAUGGAAGAAGAAUUUCACUCCCAUUACUGCAAUCAUUGGCAAAACUCCCAAACCUCAAGACACUUGAUCUGGGGAACAAUAAUUUCGAAGAAACAAUAUUAGCUCAAGGUGAGUUGCAAUAUGUACUGAUGUCUAAUUUGGCUAUAGAGACUUGA